UAGACACUUCGAAAUAGUGAUGUGUACGCCAAAAAAGGCAAGUGCUUAUCAAAAAUUAAUGACGCAAAUAGCCUCGAUGCUACCAACAAAAUUUCGUCCAUUUUUCUUGCACCCCGCAGGUCCAACGACUGUAUUUUUUUGGGCGCCCACCUUUAAAUGGGGUUUAGUGGUAGCAGGAAUAGGAGAUAUCAAUCGACCCCCUGACACGAUAUCUCUCAGUCAAACGGCGAGUCUUAUGCUUACCGGUGCUAUAUGGUCUAGAUAUUCGCUAGUAAUUAUCCCAAAGAAUUACAACCUGUUUAGCGUGAACGCAUUCACAAGUUUAACAGGAGCAUAUAAUUUCGCAAGAGGGGCCCUUCAUCAAUGGAGACAGAAGGCGGAAUAAUAUUUUAAGGAUACGGG